AUGCCGCCCUCCCUCGUUGUCUCUAACUAUCUCUUCCCUUUCUUUAUUCUUCGCUUCUAUGAUCUCAGCCUCCUAUUCACCCCUCUAAAUCCUUACUUGCUCGCUGCUGCAGUCUCUGUUUGUUUAGAUUCGCCAGCUCUUGCCGAGUCCUUGACAAUAGCAUUCCCAGCUUCUCAUACUCAUGAGGUGAAUGAUGUGCAGCGAACUCUCGUAGAGACUUGGGGUUUGAUCAGAGAGACUUUUGUUGAUCCAACUUUUAAUCAUCAAGACUGGGACUUGAAAUUCCAACAAACAAUGGUGGAAAUGCAUCCACUUAGAACAGCUAAUGCCGCAUACAGCAAGAUUAAAGGAAUGCUUUCUACUCUUGGAGAUCGCUUCACUCGCAUUAUCAGUCCAAAGGAAUACCAAAGUUUUAGAAUUGGAAGUGAUGGAAACGUACAAGGAGUUAGACUAUUUGUGAAUACUGAACCAGAAACCGGUCAUCUGGUUUUAUUGUCCUGUGUUGAGGGUAGCCCAGUUGCUAGAGCUGGAAUACAUGUAGGAGAUGAGUUGAUUGAAAUAAAUGGAGAGAGAGUUAAAGGGAUUAGUGGUGAAUCUGUUGCACAAAAGCUUAGAGGUUAUGUUGGGACAAGUGUUACAGUCAAAGUGCACAAUUUAGCCAUUGACUCUAGUUUUAGAGAGGUGAAACUACCCCGGGAAUUCAUCAGACUUUCUCCUAUAUUAAGUGUCAUCAUUCCUCAUAGAACACCAAAUGGUCGUGUAUCCAAAACCGGAUAUGUAAAUCUAUUAGCCUUCUCCCAGGGUGGUUUGGUGAAGGCUGGACUUGAUGUUGCUCAAAUAUGCCUGGAUGGAGAUGAGACUCUAGUGAACACAAUAGAUCGAGAUGGGAACAUGCUUCCUGUUAACAUGAUCAAUGGCCAUGCUCUUACUCUGAGACAACGGCCACAUCGGAAGAAGUAUAAGCUGAGAACUGGCUGUGUUAAUGUGUCCUAUUUUCAUAAACCUGGUAACAGGGUGCACACAAAGGCUACAGCUCAAGAAACAUGUGACAGUUCGCGAAAAAGGGGAAACGAGGUUUAUAAGAGUGCAGAUUUAUCAGAAGCUGAACAAUCGUGCAACUAUACGCAUGGCUCUUGGAAGAAUGAGGGAAAAUGUCUAAACGAUUGUAGAAUGGCCGCUGCAUUAGAUCCCAAUUUCAUGAAGCUGGGGAAGCAUAAAAAGGUGGUUCAACUGGAGGGGAACUUCAGUGGUGAAGAUACUGUUAGGGUUACCACCAUGAACAAGCAUGGGAAGCAUGAUUUGGAUAUUCCAGUCAUUGUCAACCCAAGAAAUGGUCCUCCAUUUAUUAAUAUCCUUGAGUUCAUCAUGUUGGAGAAUGUGACAGAAGAUGAUAUUCACUUUCCAGGUCAUAUUCACUUUCCAGUUUACAACACUGCACUUUUCAUUUAUGCUCUUACAAGAUUUGUUGUAAGUCCUUUAAUCCCAAGCCACUGA